AGGGUUUAAGCUGGCAGCCCUUUGGGGAUGGCGUGUGACACUGAGGGGUGACAGUCACUAAGUAGUGAUCAGGGGUAAGUAAUACAACAUGCGGAGAUGACAUCACAGCACUACAACCACAAGAGGAACUGACAGCAGCUCUUCAGCCGCUUCCUGACCCAGCUGCACUCUUGCUGUCCCCAAGCUGCUCCAAGCUGCCACAUGUCCUGCGUUUGGCAUCCCGUGAGGGACACCAUGCAAGGCCACACGCUACCAGAAGUUUGGGCACAGCAUGUGACACCUGAGGGGUGACAACCAGCGUGAGGCACCCCAACAGGGGCCACGUAUGCAGCUCUAAGCAUGCCACCCUAUAGCAGAUCCCCAAAGACACCACUCGGUGCAGACCAAAAUUGCAACAUUGAGGAUGUGACAUCAUGACACUUCUUGUUCACAAGAGAAACUGACAGCAGCUCUCCAGCCAUUUCCUGUCCCCACAGCAGAAUCUCUGUCUGAGACUCGGCUGUCCCAAAGCUGAUCCUGCCUCAUGGCACCAAUGGCGCUGGCCCUCAUCCUGGGUUGGUGUCUGGUGGCAGCAAGCAGGACACAGCACCUGCCUCAACCCUCCCUGUCACUGCACCCCAGCCAGGGGGUGUCCCUGGGGGACAAUGUCACCCUGCGCUGCCACGUGCCCUUGCCGGCUGCCCGGGUCAGGCUGUACAAGGAUGGAUGUUUGUCAUCUGAGAAGAACGUGGACAAGGUGCAGGAUACAGCUGAGUUCUUCUUGGUUGACAUAAAGCAGGAAGAUGCAGUGAAGUAUUGGUGUCAAUACCAGAUACUGGAGCCACUGUGGACAUCGAAUAUGAGUGACCCCGUGGAGCUGAGGGUGACAGGUGAGGGCACUGGGGAAAGCAGAUGGCCCUGGGCUGUCCCCACAGGGCCGUGUCCCAUCACUAUUUCCUGUCUGCACUCAGAUCACAGCUACCCCCCUCCUGACAUUUCCCUGAGCCCUGAUGAAUGUGUGAAGGUGGGGAUGAAUGUGACCAUCCAGUGCCAGAACCAGAAAUAUGAGGGCAUUGUCUUCCUGCACAAGGAUGGACACUCAGCCCCUGUCCAGCACCAGGAGCCUGAUGGUGGGGGCACAGCCACCUUCACACUCUUUGCAGUGACCCCAGCAGAUUCCGGCACCUAUAGGUGCUCCUACCGCGUUGGGGGUUGCUGGUUUCUGUUCUCACCCCUUGGGAACAAUGUGACGCUAGAGGUGACAAUGACACACGCACCCCCAGGAACACCCAAACACCCGGACCUCACAGGUGACACUCGGGGACCCCACUGGAACCCGGUAACAGCAGUAGCAGGGGGCUGUGCUGCUGCCAUCGUCUUCAUCCUCCUACUCGUUGUCUCCUUUCUCCUCUUUGCCCGCAGACAACAGAUACAAAGAGAUGAGAGCCCAGGUGCCUCACCCAGAAGCCCCAAUGCCGUGCAGUUCCAGGUGCCCCCCGGUGACUGCGAGGGUCUGACCUACGCCGAGCUGCGACCUGUGACCCCCGGCACCUGCAACCCUGGCCCCUCUGCUGUCCCUGAGCCCCCCAUUAUCUAUGCUGAGGUGGGCACUGGGCGACCCUGCUGAUGCUCCCCACGUGUGCACAAACAUGUUUGCUGUGUGCACACAGGUACUUCAAGCGUGCGCAGUGCAGGUGUGCUCUGUGUGCUCACCAUCACGUGUGAAUUACAUCCAUGUGCCUGUGCAUGUCAACACAUGCUUAUUAAAUAUGUGUGCACCAUUACAUGUGCACAAAGGAUAUACAAGCAUGUGUAGUACACACUUAAUUCUGUGCCUCUGUGUGUGUGUGUGCGAUAUCAUAUGUGUACACCGAUAGCUGCACACAUUACUGCUCAUGUGUGUCCUUAGCACGUGCUCCCUGUGUCUGCACUACAUGUGUGCCUCUACAGUACACGCUUAUCAUCAACACAUGCCCCGCGUCUGCACCACAUCUGUCCCCACAGCACACACAUGCUCUUAUCGUGUGCUCCCCAUGCCUAAACUCCAUCUUCACAAGGCAAACCAGCCAGGUUGUGGGUUCUGCAAGAAAAUGGGGAAGCAGGGGAAUUUUGUGGGUGGGAGGGCUGUGUGUGGGAGCAGCAGUAAGGGGAAGGGCAGGAGAGCUGACUUCCCCCUUCUUGUAAUGCAAGGGGAAAUGCUGGAGAGUUUGUGAGCUCGAUGGAGAUUUUUGGGUCCAGAUGGAGGUUUUUUGUGGAGCUGGAUGGAGACUUGGGGCCACAUGGAGGUGUGGAGGCUGCAUGAAGGAUCUUCAGGAUCAGUGGAGGUUUUGGGGCUGGGUAGAAAUGCUGGGGUGGUUGGAGGUUUUGUGUCUGAGUGGAGACUUUUGGGGUGGAUGGAGGUUUUUUGUGCAGAUGGAGAUUUUGUGUCAGGAUGAUGGCUUUUGGGUUUGACUGGGGUCUUGGGAGCCUGGAUGUAGAGACUGGGCCUGAAUGUAGAGGUAAGAACUGUAUGGAGAUUGUGGGUCUGGAUGGAGGUGUCAGGGUGGAUGGAGAUUUUGGGGGCUGGAUAAAACAUUAGGGGGCUGGAUGUUGGGUGUGGGGGCUGGAUGGAAGUUUUUGGGUGUCAUGGAGUUAUCUCUAGAUCUAUCUGUGUCCAUGACAUUGGGACAGCAGGCCUGCAGGCCUGGAAAAGAUGGGAAGAAAAAAAAUGGGUGUCAGUGGCUUAUGGGCCAGUCUAGACCAGUCCUGUGAAUAAUGAGGCAGGGGACCCACGGACCUGUGCCUUGGGAAAGGGGAAAAGGCGGAAGGGUAGGGAGAUAGUAGAUGGGUCUAAAAAGAAAAAAAGAAAAAACAGCGGCAACGAUCAGAGGUGGAACGAUUAUUUACUACAUAUGGUAUUGGAAUGCAAGAUAAUGGAGUACACUACCAUAGAACUGGAAUUGAGGCCAACAAAAUCAAACAAAAGGAGAGGGAAAGAGCAUCCAAAGCUGGAGGCCUUACUGGGAAUCUGCAGGCGGGAACCUGCAGGAGAGCGCGAGAUGAGGGCAGCGAACAAAGGGAGGGUCUGCUGAGCUGCGAGGAGCUGCACCUUUCCCUCCGAGCGCAAAGUCCUCUGCAUCAUGCAGAUCCUGCUCCCCUCCGAGAUCCUGGCACCCAGAAACCAGCAGCCCACGGAACCACAUCAUUAACUCUUUAACUCCCGAUGCUUUACAUGAUGUGGAUUACCGACAACAAAAUAAUCACAAAAUCAUGACAUAA